AUCUCGGCACACGAGCUCCGUCCUCCGCUUCCCGUGUUGUUUAUCCGCAGUGGAAGCGGUGGCAGCGGCGCAGGCAUGUUGCCCUCGUCCGUCCCCUCUUCCUGUAGCAGGAUGCUGGGCUGCGGCGACGUUCCUGUGCGGAGCGUUCUGGCUCUGAUGUGUUUACAUGCCGAGGAGAUUACAGGCGCUCGACGCGGCCAUCUGCUGCUUCCUGCCCUCCGCGGUUCCAGCGGCCCGAAGAACCAGAGCAGGAUGCCGUGGGGGAAAAACGCGGGAUGGCUGCUGGGCUCGGGCAAAACGGCUGGACGCGUUCCUGCCAGGGACUGCAGCCUCACCGCAAUGAAUGUUGAGUCCUGGGCGGACCCUCGGGACCCGCAGCCGGACUCACCUGACCUCCCGACAGCGCAGCAGCCCGACAGGUUGUGCCUGGAGUCCUUCUGGAGUGAAGUGGAGACCAUACGGAGCAGCAGCGACUCCGAGCCGGACAGCAGCAGACGAGAUUCCCGACAGUCCGAAGACGGCGAGCAGGAAGAGCUCUGGCUGCAGGAUGCUGGAUUGUCUCCGCUGGUAACAGGUGAAGAAGAGGACGUGGAUAAAGCGGUGUUGUUGUCGACUCUCACCAAGACUCAAGCAGCAGCGGUUCAGAGACGCAUCGACUCGUACACCUGCUCGCUGCGCAAGAGGAACAAAACCCCGCCGAGACACGUCAGAGACGUCUUCGCAUCGCCCAUCACGCAGUCAGCAGUUCCUGAGACACGUAACAGCGAAUCUGACACACACAGAAACAUGGACAGUGUGACAAAGACACAACGAUCAGCUGUCAGUGGGCAGGAGACUCAAGGGCUACAGAUGGAGGAGAUCUUUAUCACAGACGUGGCGUAUUGUGAACAAGCGGCCAUCUUACUGAAACAAGCCAAACUACCACAGAACAACAGCAGCCAGUGCAGGAGAGAUGAUGGGACGCUGCCGAGGGUCAUCUGUCCGCAGUGCCGGUUAGGAGUGACGCAGGUGGUGGAUCUUUCCCAGCAGGACAUGAAGAAGGUCCGUCAGUUGGCGCUGAUUGACAUGACGGCGCUGUGUGACCUUCUGGAGCUCGAGGUCAAACGACACAAAACCUGCAAAAGGAAAAUCCCUGAGAGCUGUUUGUUUGGCGUUCCUCUCGCUUCAUUGGUGGAGAGCGAUCAGAAGAUCAAACCCAGCACUCACAUCCCGCUCUUCCUCCAAGCGCUUCUGUCAUUUCUGGAGAAGAACGGUCUGGAUUCUGAGGGGAUUCUGCGGGUUCCAGGGUCUCAGGCCAGAAUCAAAGUUCUGCAGCAGAAGUUGGAGAACUCGUUUUACGGCGGUUCGUUCAACUGGGACGAGGUCAGUCCGAACGACGCCGCGGCUCUGCUCAAGAAGUUCAUUCGUGAACUCCCGGCGCCGCUGCUGACCGCCGAACACCUAAACACCUUCAGCGCUGUCAGAGAUAUAGCAGAUCUGAAGCAGAAGCUGCACAUGUUGAAUCUUCUUGUGUUGCUGCUGCCAGAACCCAACAGAAACACACUGAAGGCGCUGCUGGAGUUUCUCAGUAAGGUGGUCUUCUGUGAGCGGCGCAACCGCAUGAACCUGUGGGCCGUCUCCACCAUCAUGGCUCCGAACCUCUUCCUGCAUAAGGCCGUGCCCAGUAAACUAGCGGUGGACGGUCCAGAGAAGGGUCAGGCCGAGCGGGCGGCCGACAUCAUGAGACUCCUCAUCCGCUACCAGGACCUGCUGUGGACGGUUCCUAAUUUCCUGUUGAGUCAGGUGAGGAAGCUGAACGAGAACAGCAGCCGUCGGUACCAGUUCUACGACAAACGCAUCAAGCACCUGCUCAGGAAGAUCCACACGGACAGCAGGGACAAACCUGACAAGAACUCUGGAGAGCAGUGUCGUACUGUAAAGAUCCAGCUGGGUGACGUGAGUUUCUCGAUGGAGUUUCGUCUCACCAUUAACUCUCGUGCCUCAGACCUGAUGUCACAGUUUUAUAAAGAACUGCACGCUUCUGAUAACGGCAGAGGUCUCCUGAAACGAAAUGGUUCAACAACCUACCCAGACUGUGCCAUCUAUGAAGUUGGUGGAAACAUCGGUGAACAUCGUUUGGAUCCAGAGACUCAUUUGUUUGACUUGUACAACAACAACCCCAGCGGUGAAUGGAUCAUCAAACUGAGAUCGGCCAGCAGAGGGCAGUAGAGACACACCAGCAGACAAACACCCUCCUUUAGAUAGAAACCAGGAGACCUUUGACCCUUGAGGGGAACUAGAGCAUCUGUGAAUGAAUGAAAGCGCUGGUGUUUCUCAGGUAUGAACGCUGCCUCACGAGAAGCUUUGAGAUCGUCCUCUGACGCCGGUGCCGCACCGCUAAUGAUGUCGUGAAGCUGGACUUCUGCGUUUUAUUUGGACACUUUUGUUGUUGUGAUGUCAUGGUUUGAUACUGAACGACCGCUUGAGAUUUGAUGCAGUUAUUGCGUCCAUGUUUGGGAUUAUUUAUUAAGCUCCAGCGCACAGCUGUGUUUGUAGAUGUGAUGAAUGAAUGUGCUGUACAGAUCUGAUGCCUCUCAGUAUUAAACACAUGAAGGUUCCUCUGAGCUCUUCUGGCUACAGGACAGCUUCUGGACGCAAAGCUCUGGUUUUCUCUUUUGUCAGCUUUACGUUUUAUUGAUCUGAUUAUUACCUUCAGCACUUCAUUUAAAUAUGUUAAUGUACUGUAUUGAAGCACCUUCCAAACUUUUCAAGAACUCUUUAUCUCUCUGUAUUUCCUUUGACUCAAACCUGAUGUUUAUAUGGAAGCUUGAAAAAAAAAUGUUAAUUGCAACUUUGAGUUUAUAUCUGGCAGUUGCAAAAAAGUCAGAAUUGUGAUUUAUAAAUUCGCAAUUACGAGAAAAAAGUCAGAAUUGCGAUUUAUUAACUUGCAGUUGCGAGAAAAGUCAGAAUUGUGAUUUAUAAAGUCAGAAUUUCGAGAAAAAGUCAGAAUUGCGAUUAAUAAAUUUGCAAUUACCAGAAAAAAAAUCUGAAUUGCGAUUUAUAAACUACCAGUUAAGACAAAAAGUCAGAAUUAUUUAUAUUAUUUAUAAACUUGCAAUUGUAAUAAAAAAAGUCCAAAUAAACUCACAAUUGCAAGAAAAAUUGAGAAUUACGAGAAAGUCAGAAUUGCAUUUUA